UUAACGCAUGCGUUAAAAUCCCUUUGAUUGAUUUCAUGUUUUGAACAUCUACAUGUAUACAUUUUAAAUUUUUCAAGAUAAAAGGGACAUAAUUGUAAAUAAGAGUUUUAUGUUUUAGUGAAAUAUUUUGGAUUACACGGCAAUGGUGAUAAUGUGGAGUGACAGCUAAUAUAUCAGAAUAUUUAGAGAGACACCAAGAACUAAUGACAGCUGAUCACUUCCCAUCCAACCAUGAACAUUCAGAAUGACACUAUAUAGAAAUGUCUGAGCGACCAGGACGACAUGACAUCGUGUACCAUGACCAUCGUUAAGCUAGUGACGUUAGUAUUGAUGAUAUAUGUUUUGAUAUCGGUUUGUAGUGGUCAAUAUAAUCGUUGUGGAGGUCGGUUGACACAGAAGCAAGGAGUUAUACAGUCACCUAAUUAUCCUGGACCUUUCGAGACACCCGUGUUCUGUGAAUGGGUUAUACAAGCUCCACCAAAACUCAAAAUUGUUUUAUAUUUGACACAAUAUUAUCUUAAAGGAUUUUUUCAUGUUUAUGAAUUCGACCACUAUACUAACAAAGAUGAGUGGAUAGGAGAACGCAAGCUAGCCACAGUCAACUGUGAAGAUGAAAUCUGGUCAAUCGUCGCCCACAAACCGUUCAUGGUGUUACGAUUCGCCGUUCAAGAGAUGGGCAAUAUUCACCUUCGUGUGUUGGACCAUUUAAUUGAUGUGUAUGGAUUUAAUAUUACCUAUGAAAUGGUCAGUAAACAUGAAGUGGACAGUAAGUGGACAUGUUCGGCCUUUGAUUGUUCAUACCUUGGUAACUGUUAUGCUAGUGCGGACUACUCCGAAUACAAAUGCCAUUGUUUUCCCAACUUCUCUGGGGAGGAGUGUCAGUAUGGUCCACAUUGUAACCCUAUGAUUGAGAAGAAUAUGUGUCAAAACAAUGGCAGCUGUAGAUACCUGUAUGGUGACUACGUUAAUAUAUGCCAGUGUGUUCCUGGCUACCUUGGUUCAAUGUGCGAACAGAAGAUAAACGGAAUUCAUCCAAGUGAAUUAGAUUACUACGCAUGUGCAGUGUUAGACUGUGAGCAGACCUGUAUAACAAGCAAGAAUUCUACUGCUUCUUGUGGCUGUAACCAUGGAUUUAGACUAAACAGGGAUAAAAGAACGUGUGUUCAUAUUGAUCGUCACAAAUAUGACAUCAGAUGUGAUUUGCAAAACAGUUCAAGGUUGUUGACUUCUGAAGAACGUAAUAAUAUUCAACAGAAAAUAAAUAUCAUGUUACAACAGAGAGGAGUAUUUUCAGUAGAAAACGUAACCAUAAAACAGGAUUCAGAAGACUACAUUGCCAUAAGACUAUACAUAGAAUCAAUUGAAAGAUCAAUAUUAGACAGCAACUUACCGGAAGUGUUACGGAGAUUAGAGGGAGUUAAUUUGGAUAUGGAAACAUUACAAAUAACAUCAGUACCAGAAUUGUAUUUACUGAGUGUUACAAUGAGAGUAGACACAGGGUCAGGAUUAGCAGCAUUAGAAGACAAAAGUAUGACACUUUCAUGUGUGGCUAGAGGUCGGCCAAGUAUAACAUUCAAAUGGUUCAAGGAUGGAUAUUUACUUGACUUACGCUUUGAUGUGAGCUUAUUCCGCAAACGUGCACAAGAAACGUUAAUUCCAGCAAGCAGAGAUGGUAUUCUGAGAUCUGUUAUAACAUUUGAUCAUGUUAGUCCAUUAGAUAGAGGAACAUUUACCUGUGAAGCACGAGAUGGCGAAAAAGCAGAAAACAAAUCCAUAUCGAUAAAUGUGCUGACAGUUCCUCUGGUUGACCUUUACCCUUUGUCUAUUUCCGUCGUGGAGGGAGAGAGCAUGAGUAUUAUAUGUAUGUCACCUGAGGAUACUGCCAAAAACUUUACCUAUACUUGGCACAGUGGGAGAACGUUCAUUCCACCGGGACAACCAGAUCAAAUUGUUGAAGAUUUAUUUCCAACUGGAACAAGACUUUUUGUUCGGAAGAUUAAUAAAUCUGCAAACUUCUCCUGUACGGUUGAGAAUAAAGCAGGCGCAUUUACAUUAACGUCACAUGUUUUCGUACAAAAAGCUUCAGCUGCUAAUAUGACAUGUGGAAAAAGUUAUCAUAAACAAGUUAUGUGGACAAAAACAGCAGGAAAUCAUUUUGACAAAGAACGCUGUCCAUCAGAAACUGGAGGAUAUGCUACAAGACAAUGUGUAUGCACUGGUGAGACUUGUACCUGGGCUGAACCAAACUAUGCAAAAUGUCAGUCUGUUUACUUAGUCUAUGAGGUUUAUGACAAGCUGGAGAUGCUUCGGCUUGGCUAUCAACAAACAACCAUUAAGUACGUUUAUGAUCGUCUAUGUGAGUUUAUCAUUAAAAGAAAUAAUAACCACUUGUAUUCUGGAGACGUUGAGUUAGCUGUAAGCAUUCUGCAUGAGUUACUGAGACAUUUGGAACAAUAUCCACAAUUGUCAGCUAGAGAUGACAAGAUUACAUUGAAGUCACUCAUAGAUCUAAUGAACGUGAUGUUGUUCGCAGCAAACCAAUCAACAUGGGAAGAAAAACAGGAUAUGAAGGCAGCACCAUACUUCUUGAAGAUAAAUCAGAUUAUAUCCAGAAGCAUUUCAAGUGUUCUGUACAUGGAACCUGAUUCCAAGUAUACUUCAGAGUCGAUAGAUGUAAAAACAGAUUUAUUACAUGUACAAUUCGACACUGGAAAUAAUUCAAACACUAGUAUUGCUGAUUCUACAGAAUCAGGAGAACCAGAAUACUUCACUGACAUGGAGAAACUGCAGGUUCUCUCAUUUAAAAACAAAGCUAUUGUGUCUAUGCUAUCAGCAAAAGAACAAAAUCCAAGCAUUAAAUUCCUGUCUUCUAUCUCCGAUGUCCAUUCGAUAUUCCUUAUGCAAGGCAGCAGUCCUCAUCCAGAGAAUCUCAUCGCUUACAUUCCAAUCAAACAUACUACUCAUUCAUCCACAAAUAAAUAUAAUCAAACAGUCUGUGUUUCAUGGGAGUUUGAUAAACGAGAACCCCAGUUCGGCCGUUGGACUAAUGACCAAUGUUCCAUUUCCAGAACAGAUGAAAGUCAGACUGUUUGUAAAUGUUCACUACCAGGGCAUUUCAUGGUUGUUUCUAUAUCCACUAAUAUCAGUAUACCAAAAGUUGUCACUGAACCUAAUCCUGCUCUACCUAUUAUCAUAGCCUGUAUCAUCAACAUCGUCGUUCUUGGAAUCGGUGUUUUGAUUUACAUUCUGAAGAGAAAAUGGUUAAUUGGUGAUGAAUAUCCAAUACAUUUCAGCUUUAUGGUUUCAAUUUUGUUACAAAGUAUAACAUUCCUGGUUUGCCUUAAAAAUGUUAACAACACAGCAUUGUGUUCUGUAGGCAGAAUAGUUGUUUACUUCUGUUUCCUGGCAGCAUUUUCAUGUUUGUUUGCUGAAUCUAUGCAAAUCUAUAUUUCCACUGCAAGGAAGCAGCAGAUAGGCAGGCAGUGGUAUAAAUAUUUAUUAAUUGGUUGGGUGAUACCAGUGGUUCUAGCAGUUUUCUUUGGUGUUGCAUCAAAAUUAUUUCCAGCAAAUGAUAGCAGCUUACUUGUAUGCUGGAUUGAAGGUGACCAGUGGCAUUUUUAUGGAUUCAUCAUUCCUAUUGUAGCCUUAGAUAUUGCCAUUUUAUUCAUGCUUAUAUUUGCCUUGCACUCAUGCAUACGACACCAAGAUGAAGCCAGAUAUACAUCAAAGCGAACAUUCUGUGUUACUUGCCUGAAAUCCAUUUCCAUUUUACUUUUACUAAAUGUUGUGAGUUACCUGAGUACUGGUAUAGGUAGAGGUAACCAUGAGGGAUACGUAAUCUCAUAUUCAGUUCUCGUCAUCUUAUUGGUGGUGGUUGUUUUCAUAUCACGAUGCGUUAUUGAUAAGGAGAUAAUGACAAUUCUUUGGAGAAGACUGUCACCGUUUAAAGAUAAACCACCAAUGCAACAAAUGAAUCGAAACCAAAGCAGCAGCUCAUUUAAAGGUUAUAUGAAACCCGAGCUCCCAGAACAAUUCAUACCUGAGAGACAUGGUGCGAAUAAGCAUUAUGAUCAAGUUAAUCGUAUGAAGUUUACCCAUGAACGCAAAAGACAGCUUUCAGACCUUUUAGGUAGUUCUCAGACUGGGGUAAAUUUAGUAGCUUAUAAUCAAGACAGACGUUCCAACAGAAGUUUGCCACAAGACAAUGGUGCUGCUGAUAGUGGGAUCUUUGGGUCUGAAACAGAAAGGUUUUUAAAUAGCGACAUUGAACAAUUUAGUCAAAGGUCAUCGUUUAGUAAAAUAGCCAUUACAGUAGCAGAUGUCCAUUCGCCUAUUUUACAAAAUGGAUCCAUUAUGACAGAAAGUUUGGAACCUUUUCCAGAACUUAUGCAACGUCGCGCUUGUAAAGAUAUAUUUAUUCAAUCAUCGACACCAUCUAAUGGAAUUGUUCGUCCAAAAUAUAGUUAUUACAUAGACCCUAAAGCGAAUAAAGUUAUUUCGGAAUCUGGUGAGUCUACAACUUUGUUAAUUCAAGAAAAUAAACCAGAUGAUAAAAGCGAAGAAAAUGAAUCUGAUAGUAUGUGAUGUAUAUUGAUAUUUUAUGAUUAAUGACGUAAUCUAAUAUUAUGUGAUGUUAUAUGAUGACACAUGGUUGAAUGUAAUAUAAGCUGAUAGUAUGUAAUAUAAUGUAUUUUGAGGUAAUGUGAUGCUAUAUGUUAGUAUGGGAUGCAAUAAGAUGAUAUCUAAAAGUGUGCGAGGAAAUGUAUUUUAGAAUAGAAUGGUAUGUAAUAUGAUGGUAUCUUUUAGCAUCUGAGUGUACAUGUAUGUGAUGAUAUAGGAUUGCAUGAACGGGUAUCUGAUAGUAUGUGAAGAUAUAUGAUAGUAUAUGAUGAUAUUUGAAAGUAUGUGAUGAUAUCUGAUUGCCUGAACGGAUAUCUGAAGGAAAUAAUAAUAUCUGAUAGAAUGUGAUGAUAUUAGAUAGUAUGUGAUAAUAUCUGAUAGUAUGUUAUGAUGUCUGGUAAUAUGUGAUGACAUCGGGUAGUAUGUUUUUAUAUCUGAUAGUAUGUGAUGAUAUAUUUAGUAUGUGAUGAUAUCUGGUUGUAUGUGAUGAUAUCUUCUAGUAUGUGAUACAAUUUGAUAGUAUUUGAUGAUAUCUGAUAAAAUGCGAGGAUAUCUGAUAGUAUGUGAUAGUAUCUGGUUGUAUGUGAUGAUAUUUAUAGUAUGUGAUGAUAUCUGGUUGUAUGUGAUGAUAACUUCUAGUAUGUAAUGAAAUUUGAUAGUAUUUGAUAAUAUCUGAUAGAAUGCGAUGAUAUCUGAUAGUAUGUGAUAGUAUCUGGUUGUGUGAUGAUAUUUGAUAGUAAGUGAUAAUAUCUGAUUGUAUAUGAUGAUAUCUGAUAGUAUGUGAUAGUAUCUUAUUAUAUGUGACGAUAUUUGACAGUAAGUGAUAAUAUCAGAUUAUUUCAUGGCAUUUCUCAUAUCGCAUGUAUUAUCAGCCCUAGGUUCAAUAUCAGCCCAAUAUCCGCAUGGCUCGAGGGCUGAUAUUGACCAAGGGCUGAUAACACAUGCCAUAUGAAAAAUGACAUGUUAUGAUCUUUUUAUCAUAUACUUCAACAGUAGCGACAAUAACAGAUUCAUAUAUUGAUCCUUUUACUUGGUUCCCGAAAAGAAGUUGAAAGAGUAAAAAGAUCACUGACGUCGGACCAAAAAUGAUUUGAUACAUUCAAUAUGAAAUCUUUCUAUCAUAUGCCUCAACAGAGAAAAAAAACCACAUUUUUAUAUGGACGAAUCGACAAAGAAAAUAAUUCAACAAUAUCCAUAAUGAACAUUGUUUUGAAAAGUCAUCUUUUUUAAAGUAACUUUUUAAAUUAUGUUUCAGAAAAACUUUUAAAAAAUGCAUUUAUUAAAUAUUUCUUAAUUUUUUUUUUUAAUUUAAUUAUUUUACACAAUAUACUUUCCAGUAUUCAAAUAAUUGUUUUGUACACUACUUUGUAAUGUUUUUUUUACUGAAAACGUAGCAUUGGGGUUUAUUUUCCGGAAUUUGCCGAGUAUCACCGGAAUGCCAUGUGAUAACGUUACGGAAAGGCAUGUAAUAACAAUCGAAGCAUGUGAUAAACUUUUCAUAUCAGCCCGCUAAGCACCAAUUCGAAAAAUAUGGAAAAUACUUUAAUUUAAUGCUAUUAUCAUACGGUAAAAAUCACAUGUUAUUUAAUCUAAGUAUAUGAUAAUAUCUGAUAGUAUGUGAUAGUAUCUGGUUGUAUGUGAUGAUAUUGGAUAGUAAGUGAUAAUAUCUGAUAGUAUGUGAUGAUGUAUGAUAGUAUGUGAUUGUAUCUUAUUGUAUGUGACGAUAUUUGACAGUAAGUGAUAAUAACUGAUAGUAUGUGAUUGUAUCUGGUUGUAUGUGAUGAUAUCUGAUAGUAUGUGAUGAUAUCUGAUAGUAUGUGAUGAUAUCUGAUAAUAUGUGAUGAUAUCUGAUAGUAUGUGAUGGUAUCUGAUAGUAUGUGAUUGUAUCUGAUAGUAUUUGAUGAUAUCUGGUAGUAUGUGAGGUAAUUUGAUGGUAGGAUAAUUAUUUCAAACUAAUAGUGCAAAAUUCAGAAUAAUAUUUUAACCGUUAGAUAUAGACGUAGUAUAAUUGGAUCGGUUGUGUGCCUUCAUUACAAUAUACAUGUUAGACUAACUGAUAAAGUGAAGUGUAAUGUAUAUUAAACAAGAUCUUAUUGGUCGUGUAGUAUACCCGAAAGGUAUGCUGAACAUACUAAGAAGCAUUGAGUCGAAACCUGUUUUAGCUUUUUUAUUUAUAAAUUCGUUGAAGACUAAGGCAUGAUUUUUAAGCAUUCCAACUGUUGUUUUUUUUCAUACGAGCAUGUUUCAUUAAAAAGUGACAUAUUUAUUUUGUAUUACAUUUAGUAUCGUAUAUGUAUUAUUUGUUGCUAGUUUUUGUUGUAAAAAUUGUAAUCAAAUUUAAUAAGACAAUCAUUACUGCAUUCCAUUUUCAAAAAUUGUUCGAUGCAAUAAUUUUAACUAGUCAAAUGUUUACUAUUUUCACGAAAUCCAUCUAUAGAAAAUUACGAGUAUAUUAUCCAUAAUUGUGACAAAACGAGAUUUACAGAAUAGAGUUCAAAAGUUAUUCUAAGAAUCUUUAUUUCUGAUUGAUUUAUUUCUUUCGUUACAGACACUUUGAAUGAUAAAAUGUCCAACCGAUUUUCUGCUUAUGGUCAGUCGUAUAUUUUGAAGUAUAAAAUCUGUUUGCUCAAUACAAUGGCCUUUAUAAUCUACGUUUGUGGUAAUUUUAUGAUCUGAUGAAAUAGAAAUCCGGUGUAUGUGUUGCACUUUUUGUACAAAAAAAAUGUAGUUUAUUUAAAAUAUUUACGUGCCUUUUCCAUGAUAAAACAAGGUAAGAAUUCCGUUCAAACCGGUGAUAUGAACGUUCUUAAACUUUCAGUGAAGUGUGAACCGGUUUUUUCUGUGUUUAAGACCACACAGUGCACGUGAGACAUUGAGAAAGGGAUGCAAAUGCAAACACUGUUCCUUUGUCUUUGAUUUUGUCAUGAUUUUGUUGAGCCUUUUUAUCAUAUUGUAAUCACAACUUAUUCAUUCUGUCCUCGAAGGUUUCGCCUGUUAUAUAGUAUGAUGAGAAAAAAACUUACUUGAUACGAUCGACUUAAAAAAAAAACAUACUGUUGAAACAUUUUUACUUUUUGAAUUAUCAGACUCAUAUCUCUGAUGGGAUUUUCAAUGAGCUACAAACAUGUAAUAGUGUUGUAAAUUGUAUACUGUUUUUUUCAUGAACGAGAUAAUUUUACUAUGCACUGAAUAAAAUUCAGCAAAUUAAGUGCUCUUUAGAUAAUCAUAAUGAUGAUUAUUUUGAAUACCUUUGGUUUCUAUAAGAUGUCGAAUCGUAUAUUGUUAUAUUAACAAUUCUUUUUUUAUCUAAGUAAAUAUCUAUUAAUUGUAUCGUUACUAUUGCUAUAUGUAUGUUGAUAUGCAUUGUAGUAGACACAUGUAUCUUUAAUGUAACAUAACGACAAGUGAGUUUAUAUUUUAGCUGGAAAAACCGGUUUUGAUCAGAUAUGAAUUUUUGUAUCAGAUGUUGUCGAAUAAUGAUGAUAAUGAUUUUGCACAUAAAAGGGAGCUUAAACUUUAUUGGUCGGAUUUUUGUAGAAAACAUAUUUUUAAAAAAGGGAGUUUUUUUUUUAAAUAUUUGCACCAUAAUUUAUUGAAUCUAUUCUCUUACAUACAUUUUUUAUACGGUAAUUUUAAUUUUUUCUCUUAUUUAGAUAAAAUGUAACUGUUGCGUUUAAAUUAUCUUACUUUUUUUUGGUUAUCUACAAAAAAGUAGAAGUCUUAAAUAUUUGGCAAAAUUUUAUUCACGAAACGAAUUGGUUCAUAUAAACAAUACCUUGAUAGUAUUUCUUCAUACCGUUUGAGUCAUUUCACGGGAAUGUGGAACAAAAUAGUAAGAUGAUGUUGAAUAGUUUACAGUAGUUCCUUAUUCACCUCAGGAUGUGCCCGAGGCAUCAAGUUUCAAAUAGGAUUCAUUUGUAAAACACAAUGAUUAAUAAAAACUCAAUGUAUGAGACGAAAUGGAGCGUUCUAAUAGUUUUACACGUAAUAGAUAAAAUACCUUUAAAGCUCUGACUUCAAAAUGUAUCAAUAAUCAUGUGUUUUUAUUACCAUUCCUCCUUUAUAAUAGUUACCAUUAGAAAAACCAUCAUUCCGACACUGUACAGUAUGUACAAUGAAGAAAUGUCAUCAUAUUAAAUUAUAUUUUACUAUUGUUACUUUUUGUUUCUUGUCACCAUUACAAAUUUUAUUACCAUUAAACUACUUUCAUUAUUUA